CCACCGCACUCCAGCAGACGCAGCCACCACCGUUCCCCUCCAAAUCCACCCGAUCCAAUCUGCCCGCUCGCAGCUCCAAGGAAGGAGGAAGCCGUCGACCAUGUCCGGCCGCGGCAAGGGCGGGAAGGGGCUGGGCAAGGGCGGCGCCAAGCGCCACCGGAAGGUGCUCCGCGACAACAUCCAGGGCAUCACCAAGCCGGCCAUCCGUCGUCUCGCUCGGAGGGGCGGCGUGAAGCGCAUCUCGGGGCUCAUCUACGAGGAGACCCGCGGCGUGCUCAAGAUCUUCCUGGAGAACGUCAUCCGCGACGCCGUCACCUACACCGAGCACGCCCGCCGCAAGACCGUCACCGCCAUGGACGUCGUCUACGCGCUCAAGCGACAGGGACGCACCCUCUACGGCUUCGGCGGCUAGCCCCCUCUGCUCCGUCCAGUCUCUGCUCCCCGCUGUUCCAUCUGUCCCAGUGCGUGUGUUGUUGUUUCAUCGUUAGCUUUGGUCUGUGUAGUUAGUGCAAAGCGAUGUGUAUGAAUGCAACGGGGAAUCAGCGUUGGUAUUAUACUACUCCGUAUCUUUUCCGCA